AUGCCUUCAAAAGUGUCCUGUCUUUACAUCCUGACAGUGGUGUGCUGGGCAAGCGCUCUGUGGUAUUUGAGUUUAUCUAGGCCCACGUCCACCUACGUGGGCCAUAUGUCUAUGCCUAUACGCAAGACUGUGAAACCUGCCAAAAACAUGACCUUCAGCAACAUACGCACGCGGCCGCUUAACGCGCACGCGUACGACUUUGUCAUCAACGAGCCCCAAAAGUGCCAAGACAGCGCUCCCUUCCUGGUCAUCCUCAUUAGCACUACACACAAGGAGUUUGAUGCCCGCCAGGCCAUCCGCGAAACUUGGGGCGACGAGAGCGCCUACAGCGACCUGCGCGUCCUCACUAUCUUCCUCCUGGGCAGGAACACAGACACCGUUCUCAACCAGAUGGUGGAGCAGGAGAGCCAGAUCUUCCACGACAUCGUGGUAGAGGACUUCAUCGAUUCUUACCACAACCUCACCCUCAAGACUAUGAUGGGAAUGCGCUGGGUGGCGACCUUCUGCCCCAAAGCGCAGUACGUCAUGAAGACUGACAGUGAUGUGUUUGUCAACAUGGACAAUUUGCUGUACAAGCUCCUCAAACCCUCCACCAAGCCAAGAAAGAGGUACUUCACCGGCUACGUGAUCCACGGGGGUCCGAUAAGGGACAUGCGUAGUAAAUGGUACAUGUCCAGAGACUUGUACCCUGAGAGCAAAUACCCGCCGUUCUGCUCGGGUACCGGCUACGUGUUUUCAUCUGAUGUGGCCGAGCUCAUCUUCAAGACUUCGCUUCACACCAGACUGUUGCACCUGGAGGACGUGUAUGUAGGUUUGUGUUUGCGCAAGCUGGGUAUACACCCUUUUCAGAACACUGCCUUUAAUCACUGGAAGAUGGCCUACAGCCUGUGUAGAUACAGGCGGAUCAUCACAGUCCACAUGAUCUCCCCUGAGGAGAUGCACCGUGUUUGGAAUGACAUGUCCAGCAAGAAGCACCUGACAUGUUGA